AUGUUGGCCACACUGUUUGGCAGUGUCUGUACGGUUGAGAUCUUCAUCGACCAGGAAGGCCGCAAAACGACGUACCUCUCCAGAGACAAGAAGGGGGAGAAAGUUCCCAUUUUUUCGGAUGGGGAAGAUGUGACGGGCUGCGCGGUUCUCAGCUUGAAGCCCGGAAAAAGGCUCGACCACAAUGGCAUCAAAGUGGAGCUGAUCGGCCAAAUUGACACGCUGUACGAUCGCAGCAACUCCUACGAUUUCUUCUCGAUUUCCAAGGACUUGGAGCCUCCUGGGGUGUUGGUUGAAAGCAAAAAGUACAAAUAUCGCUUCAAUGCUGUCGACAAACCCAACGAAACGUACUCCGGCAUCCACGUUCGGCUGCGCUAUUUCAUUCGCCUGACCAUCAUGAGAAACUACGGCAGCAUUGUGAAGGAGCAAGAUUUCGCCGUCCAGAACCUGGGCAUCCCCCCAGAAGUGAACAAUACAAUUAAGAUGGAAGUCGGCAUUGAGGAUUGCCUGCAUAUCGAAUUCGAGUACGACAAGAGCAAGUACCAUUUGCGGGAUGUAGUGGUUGGGAAGGUCUACUUCGUGCUGGUUCGAAUCAAAAUCAAGGACAUGCAGAUCGACAUUAUCCGCACGGAGACAGCCGGCACAGGCUCCAACGCAGUGACCGAUUCGGAGACGCUCACAAAAUUCGAGAUCAUGGACGGCGCACCCAUUCGCUCUGAGUGCAUUCCCGUUCGGGUGUACUUGAGCGGCUUCGACUUCACACCCACGUACAAGAACGUCCAGAACAAAUUUUCCGUUCGUUACUUCCUGAACUUGGUCCUGAUCGACGAAGAAGAUAGGCGGUAUUUCAAGAAGCAGGAAAUCACAAUGUGGAGGAAGAAGAUUGGCUAG